GGAGCAUUCCAAAGGUAUUAUUCGCGAUUAUUCAAAUUGACAAAUAUAUUGAAAUUAAACAUGUUUCAGGCUUACUACUCCGAUUCGGAACCAUUGUUCAAAAGUAUUCAAAUGUGCGAGGAUGCAACGUCUAUGAAGACGUUCAUGAACAUGAUUUUCAAACAGAUGGAAGGCAUGAUCGGUUUCUGUGCAAUUAGGGAAGGAAGCAACGAAAUCGUCGGUGUUCUUAUUGCUUCUUUAUUCAAAAAAUUUAAUUGGAUAAUAAGAAAGGGCAAGGAGAUACACUGUUCCACGUGAUGAGGUUGAAAAACUACGCUUUUGCCAGAUCUCGAUUCAUAGAAUCGAUAUAUAUGAACAAAUCUGUUCACAUUGAUAUCAUUUGUGUAAAGCCUGAUCAUCAGAGGCUUGGCGUUGGUACCGCAUUACUUCGCUCUUGCAUUACUCGAGUGAGUAAUUUUACGUCCAUUGUUUUCGGUCAAUUCACUUCGAGUGCUUCUCAAACGAUCGCUAAAAGAUUGAAUUUUGAUCUAAUUGAUGAAUUACCGUAUGAGAACUUAUCCUUGCAGAAUGUUAAAUUCGAAAUUUUUGAAAGUUGUUAUCCGGAAAAUUAUUCCAUAGCUCACAUGAUGUUAAAAAUAAUACCAUUCUUAAAAUUAUCGGCUCAUAUCUUAGAAACGAGAGCAAUAUCCGAGGAAAAAAUUAAGACGGAAUUAAAAGAAAAGAUCGACUUACAAAAAAAAAAGAAAAAGAGAAUACAUGUGGUAUAUUAAAAAUAGAAAUAUAUACAGGUAUGCAUGUUUAUAUUAUUUAAAUUCGUCUAAUAUACAUAACGUUAAUUUUUUUUUUUUUUUUCCUUUUUUUAUCUUGACGUUUUUAUAGAUAUCAUUUACAUUUCGCGAUCGAAUGUGCUGGCAAACAAUGCUUCAGUGAAGAUAUGGAAAUAUAAUCCUUUCAACUAUAAACAUACUAAGAUUACAGAGUAAAAAAUGAACAAUAUCGACUGUUUCUUUUUUUCUUAAAAAAUUCUCAUGUGAUGCAAUCAUGCGAUUAUGAAUAUAUAUAUAUACAUUUAUACAUAUACAUGUUCGAAUGCGAUUGUUAAUAGCAUAAUUUCGUAUGAAUAUUUCACGGAUUUUUUUCAUGGAUCUGAAUCAUAUCAUUCGUAUACUUUUGUUUUUUUUUUUUUCUUUUUUUUUCUUCUUUAAAUUAAAAUU